AUGGAUCUAUCCAAGACGGCGAGCCUCGGCCCUCGCCGUGACGCUUCGGCUCGCAUCCAGAAGCCAGAUACAAGUCUUGAUCGCCUGGCGGCUCUCAAAGCUCGAGUAGCAGCAGCUACAGGCGCUAGUAAGGCAAAAGGAGUCAUUACCUCUAGGCUUGAAGACUCAAGGUCACGAAACUCGGCCCCAAAUACUCGAGAUCUGCCCAUCAAAACCGCACAACUUCGCGCCCAGCAGCAUGCUGGCCAUUCACCUUACCGUACACUAGCUGCUAAUAGCCGCAAGUUUGGGCAGGCUACGCAGAGCGAUGCUGUCGAUAACCCAUAUUUAGACGAGAAUCUGGCGCACCAAAGUUCCGGUGCCCGACAGCGAGAACCAAGACGCCUAGUGUUUAAUCAAAAAGGGAAAUAUAUCCAGCAAGCAAGUGCACUUCGUCGACAAGCAGCACUUGAAGCAAUGAAAAAACGUAUUGCAGAACAGACCAGAAAAGCCGGUAUCAACGAAGACCUAGAUGUUGAGAAGAACUUUGUGGUUGAGCAACCACCGGAUGUCGAGUGGUGGGAUGAGGGGCUUAUCGAUGGCAACAGCUACGAGCAGAUCGGAAAUCCCGCCAGCCUUAAGAUAAUAAGUCCCGAUAGCAUUGUGACAGAGUACAUCCAGCAUCCUGUCGCGCUCGAACCACCCCAAGAUCGUCACGUCCUAGAAAACAAAGCAAUGUUUCUAACGUCCAAAGAACAAGCCAAAAUCAGACGCCAACGCAGAAUGGCGGAGCUGAAAGAAAUGCAGGCAAAGAUUCGCCUUGGGUUGAUACCGGCGCCUCCUCCCAAGGUGAAAAAGGGGAAUUUGAUGCGGGUGUUGGGCGAUGAUCAGAAGAAGGAAAAGCUCUCUAAGAAUCAGCAGAGGGAUGCUGACAAAGGAAUCCAUCUUUUGGUUUUCAAGAUUUCGAGCUUGGCAAAUGGCCAGCAUCGGUACAAAAUUGGAAUGAAUGCUACUCAGCUUGCCUUGUCUGGCAUUUGCAUUAUGCACCCUAAGUUCAACUUGGUUGUUGUUGAAGGAGGCGCUUGGAGCAUCAACAAGUACAAAAAAUUGAUGCUUAAUCGUAUCGACUGGACGGAGAAUUCACCUUCAAGGACUGGGGACGACAGACCCAACUCGGGAAGGGACUGGCUACAAGCGGAAGAUCAAGAUGGGGCACUUAAGGAUAUGUCGUUGAACGAGUGCAAGCUUGUAUUUGAAGGGGAACAGAAAGCACGGGUUUUUCGAAGAUGGAGUAGUAAAGUAUGCGAGACUGACGCUGAAGCCCGGGAGGCUCUCGCUCGUGCAAAGCUAGAAACUUUCUGGUCCAUGGCAAAGGGCCUCUCAUAA